AUGAAGACGGAUUCAAAGAGACAAUUACUACCCCAGGGGGGUACCGGAAACGGACAAUCCUCCGCUGUAGCGACACCGCCGGUCACUGGAUUACCGGACGGGGGUGUGGCUACAGUCCGCCCUGCGUAUUCUGGGGGGGGCGAGAACCCGCCUUGCGCAUUGCGCAACCAACGACUCGGCUAUGUAAAAAGGACAGAUGACCAAGCAAAAAACGAACCCACCACUAACCCAACUACCCUGACAGCACCCGACUUGCAACCAUGCCCGACCACAGCUAACAAGGACUCCGAUAUAAAUAUGACUUCAGUCGCGAUGGCCGUCCCUCCACCAGAUAUAAAAUCCGCUUGGGCCAACGUAGAAUCCAAGCACAAGCGGAAAAAACCUAAAAGAAAGAGAAACAAGACGGACUUACAGACUGCAUCCCCUUCAGGCACACGCCUAAGCGGGCAGACGUCGAAGACAGAAAGGACUACAACAGUGACAGGCAAGGCCCAGACGGGGGGCUUGUACGGACAAAGCGGCGGGCAGUCUGCACAACAGCGGCUGCCCCCCGCGGAGACUGUCGUCCCACGCCCAGGCACAAGCCGCAGCACUGCUGUAGUCCAGAAAAUCUCCGGCGAAAACCUUCCGGCGGAGCCUGCCAAACCAACAUUGGACGCUACAUGCGCAAACACCUCUGGCCAACGUCAGCAACACCCCGUCGCACCCCGGUGCAACAAACACUGGAGAGGGCGGAGCGGUGGUGGGGCUGACGAGGACAGAAACCCCAACCCGUCAAAUAGCCAGCCCAGUCUUAAACGGGGCAGGCUAGAUGACUCCAUUUCACCAAGGGGCCAGACAAAAAGAACCAAGACAAUCGGACAGACCAGAACGAGGGAGAGUUACGCAGGCGCGACCCAACAACAUCUGAGUGUCGCAAUCACCCUCGUUCCUAGGGCUGACAUGACGCAGACAGAGGCGAUGACUCUGCAAGAGCAAAUCCAGGAGGAGGUUUUCGAGGCUUGCCUUAGAGAUCCAAUUCCUGGAGUUCCUCUAACCCAUGCACCCACCUUCUCAGGAAAAGCCUUCCUCAGUGAAGGCGUCCUGAAAAUGUGGUGUGAAGACGACCAAGCCCUUCAAUGGUUGAACGCGGUCUUACCAAGGCUGAAUUCGCCAAGGGAGGGCUUCGAAAUUAAAAUAAUAAACCAGCGCGAAAUCACGAAGAGGGUGAAAGGAGCACUAUACGUGCCCAACUACCGGGGAGAGAUCGGCAAACUUCACAGGAUCCUCCUACGGCAGAACCCGAAGUAUGAUAUCGGCAGCUGGACCCUACAUAAUUUCAAAAACUUCCAGGUGACAAAAGGGAGACUUCCAGGUGUGUUCCUAAUACUAGGAAUACCCCAGGAAAAGAUCGACACCAUUUUGGACAACGACAGGAGGGUAGCCUAUUCCACUGGGACGAUAUAUCUCAAGUUCUUUGUUGGCGAAGAACUUAGUGAUAUACCGCCCAGUCAAGCUACCUCCACAAAACAGGACAAUACUGAGACAGACGCAGCCGCGAAGACAAUCACACAGACAGUUUGUGAAAAACUACCGGACUCUGUACAGGACGGACAUGACAGCGAUACGACGUGCCCUGGACCAAGUACCGCUCCCUCAACAAGUGGGAUGAAUUGGGAAGGAACGCGUCCCGAACCAAGCAUCACACCAUCAACAAGUGGGAUGCAAUGGGAAGAGACGCGCCCCGGACCAAGUAUCACACCCACUCUAGAGGGGUUGAAAUGGGAAAGGGCAUCAGGCACAGACGCAACUGAUUCAGACGACGACGACAUGGCGGACUCAGCUCCGCUGUAUACAUUACUGGAGAAAUGUGUCCCCCGGGACGCAAUAAACUCCAUCAAUAUCCAUCUUCAGUAAUGUAGACAUAGUACAGGCCAACCUCCAGCAUAAGAUCCUUGCAACGGCUACUCUACGCAAACAACUGGAGGAGGGGGCCCAAACCAUAGUGCUGAUCCAAGAGCCGUGGGUCAGAGGAAACCGCAUAUGUGGUUUUGGCAACUGCAACGAGACAUAACAACAAUAAGAAUACAAAGUGGCAUAGGACAACAAACCGGUGCUAGGACAAGACCACUAGUCUUGGCAUCGUUAUAUCUACCCAUAGAAGAACAUAUACCACCAAAAGAGAUGACGGACCUCAUAAAAUACUGUGAGGACGAAAACACUGACCUCAUAAUUGGAGUAGACAGCAACGCACAUCACACCCUAUGGGGAUGCAACGAAAACAACAAAAGAGGUAUGACAGACAGUCCUCUGUGCAGAGCCUGCAUGGAGGAGGACGAGACACCGCUACACGUUAUGCUCAGUUGCAGAGGCGUAACGGAACAACGAGCAACCUACAUUGGCUCCUCAGCGACACUCCAUGAGGCUAUCGGCGACCUGGGCGGCCUGCUAAGCUUCUGGAGCGAGCUCGGCUGGAUGGAAUAAAUCCAGCGGGAACCUACACCGGAGGGACCCACGCACAACGGCCAAUCAAAUGGCUAAGUGCGGAAACGGCCCAGAAUAAAGAAGAAGAAGAAGAAGUGGCAAUGGGCAGGCCACAUAGUUCAAAGAGCCGAUGGAUGUUGGGGUCCUAAGGUGCUGGAAUGGCGACCCCCCCCCUAGGUAGACCGAGGAUAUCAAGCGGGUUGUAGGGAACUGCUGGAUGCUGGUGGCUCAAGACCGUUUUGUUUGGAAAUCCAUGCAAGAGCAGUGGACGUCCAUCAGCUGAUAAGGUAAGGUAAGAGUAUAGUAUCAGUGAUAGCCAAGUGGAUAUGACCUCUGCCUUCAACGUCGGAGGGCAUAGGUUUGAAUCCGGUCCGGGGCAUGCACCUCAAACUAUUCAGUUGUGUGCAUUUUAAGAAAUUGAAUAUCACAUGUCUCAAAUGAUGAAGGAAAAACAUCAUGAGGAAACCUGCAUACAAGAGAAUUUUCUUAAUUCUCUGCGUGUGUCGCCUAAGUCUGCCAAUCCGCAUUGGACCAGCGUGGUGGACUAUUGGUCUAAACCCUCUCAUUCAG